AUUCCGCCGGCGAGGGGUCAGCAUAGGCCAGGCGGCCCCUAAGACUGAAACCAGGGGCAGGGCUUCUGUGCCCCUGGCCGGCCCGGUUCUAUCUGACCCCUGAUUGGCUCGCCUGCUUCCUUUCGUUACAAUCACUUCCUGGUCAUGUUGUGGAAGCCUUUGCGGCUUCAGCUUUCCACCGACUACGCGUCCCGUGUGGCUCUGCGGCAGCGGAAGCGGAAGCGAGUACGGAGUGGAUACGGAAGACUCCCUCGACGAAGGACCCGGGGCCCUGGUGUUGGAGAGUGAUUUGCUACUAGGCCAGGAUCUGGAGUUUGAAGAGGAAGAGGAAGACGAGGAAGGUGAUGGCAACAGCGACCGGCUCAUGGGCUUCGAGAGAGACUCUGAAGGAGACUCUCUGGGAGCCAGGCCUGGGCUUCCCUAUGGGCUGAGCGACGACGAGUCUGGGGGCGGCCGGGCACUAAGUGCUGAGAGUGAAGUUGAGGAGCCAGCCAGGGGUCCUGGGGAGGCCAGGGGUGAGAGGCCAGGGCCAGCCUGCAGGCUAUGGGGGGUGCCGACAGGUGAAGGGCCGUGUUGUGGGGCAGGAGGGCCGGGUGGGGGGCCCCCACUGCCCCCGCUGCCCCCGCGGCUAGUAUACUCAUGCCGCCUCUGCGCCUUCGUGUCCCACUACUCGAGCCACCUGAAGCGGCACAUGAAGAUACAUAGCGGGGAGAAGCCGUUCCGCUGUGGCCGCUGCCCCUACGCCUCAGCCCAGCUCGUCAACCUGACGCGACAUACCCGCACCCACACUGGCGAGAAGCCCUACCGCUGUCCCCACUGCCCCUUUGCCUGCAGCAGCCUGGGCAACCUGAGGCGGCAUCAGCGCACCCAUGCAAGGCCCCCCACUCUUCCGUGCCCGACCUGUGGCUUCCACUGCUGUGCUCCACGUCCAACCCGGCCUCCCAGUCCCACAGAGCAGGAGGGGGCAGUGACCCGGCGACCUGAAGAUGCUCUGCUGCUUCCAGAUUUGAGCCUCCAUGUGCCACCAGGUGGUGCCAGUUUCCUGCCGGACUGUGGGCAGCUGCGGGGUGAAGGGGAGGGCCUAUGUGGGACUGGAUCAGAACCACUGCCAGAGCUGCUGUUCCCUUGGACCUGCCAGAACUGUGGACAAGAGCUGGAGGAGGGGGAGGGGAGUCGGCUGGGAGCUGCCAUGUGUGGGCGUUGCAUGCGAGGAGAGGCUGGAGGGGAUGCCAGUGGAGGGCCGCAGGGCCCCAGUGACAAAGGCUUUGCCUGUAGCCUCUGCCCCUUUGCCACUCAUUAUCCCAACCACCUGGCCCGGCACAUGAAGACGCACAGUGGCGAGAAGCCCUUUCGUUGUGCCCGCUGUCCCUAUGCCUCUGCUCAUCUGGAUAAUCUGAAACGGCACCAGCGCGUCCACACGGGAGAGAAGCCCUACAAGUGCCCCCUCUGCCCCUAUGCCUGUGGCAACCUGGCCAACCUCAAGCGUCACGGUCGCAUCCACUCUGGGGACAAACCUUUUCGGUGUAGCCUUUGCAACUACAGCUGCAAUCAGAGCAUGAACCUCAAACGCCACAUGCUGCGGCACACAGGCGAGAAGCCCUUCCACUGCGCCGCCUGCGCCUACACCACGGGCCAUUGGGACAACUACAAACGCCACCAGAAGGUGCAUGGGCAUGGUGGGCCAGGAGGGUCUGGCCUCUCUGCCUCUGAGGGCUGGGCCCCACCUCAUAGCCCUCCCUCUGUUUUGAGCUCUCUGGGUCCCUCAGCCCUGAGUGCCACUGGUAGCCGGGCUCUCCAUACAGACUCGCCCUGAACUAGGUCCUUCUCCCUCAGGACCCUAUGGACUAGCCCUGACUCUCCUGUAUGUUUUAUACAGAUGGACCAGAAGCCACCUUCUCCUUCCUCCCCCGCUGGCCAGGGGCUCCACACAGACUAACCUAGGCACUAUAUGGACCAGCCCAAACCCGGUGGGCAGGGGGCCCAUAUGGACCAGGGGGCCUUGCCUUGACUGAAGCACUUCAUGAGCUCAGUGAGAAGGGCCUGUAUUUACCUCUAUUGCUCCCAGGGGCUGUGGAGGAACUGGCUGGGGGACUGCCCAGCCUCCCACCUGUUUAUUUAACUUAUUUCAGUGCUUUAUAAUAAAGGAAACACUAACAAA